AUGGCGGAGACGCCUGCUGAUUUUCCAGUGGAUGUUGAUCUCAUAGCAUCGGCAACGAAGAGAGACCGAACUUUAUCGCGAGUAAGUCAUUACGUACUAAGCGGUUGGCCUGACAGAGUCACGGACAGUGAACUGCGUCCGUAUUGGUUACAUCGUUCUGAACUCUCAUUUCAUGAAGAAUGUAUUUUAUUUGGUUGUCGCGUAGUGGUGCCACCAUCGUUGCGUGAGCCUUGCCUAGGUGCCUUACAUAAGACACACGCUGGUGUCGUGCAAACAAAUGCAUUGGCCAGAAGUUACGUUUGGUGGCCGCAAUUGAAUCAUGACAUUUAA